AUGGGGUUGAAGCUUCCUCCCCACGGCUUCAAAUUUACACCGAGUGACAAGCAGUUGCUUGAGGAUUUUCUGAGACCCAAGAUUCAGGGUACACUUCGUUGGGAUAUCAUCAAGGACAAAGAAAUUUACGGUCCGGACGCCAAUCCAUGGGAGAUUUUUAGUGACUCGUCGACUCAGUGGAUAACUUCUGGUAGUGAAAAAUCUGUUUAUGUCUUUUCUCAUCUGACAAAGAUAGCCGAUAAGGAAUCAUCUGGUACUGGUGGUAAUGAACACUAUGUUCGGAAAGCGGGUUGUGGUACAUGGCAUGUUGAAACAGGUCGCAAGAUCAUCGUGGAUGGGAAUAAUAAUCAUAUCGGGGAGAAGAGGAUGUUGGUCUUUCAGAUUAAUGAUGUUAAGGGAUUAACGGAGGGAGAUAGAAAGUACUGGAAGAUGCACGAGUACUUUUUGAAGGGAUAUGAAGAUUAUGUGGUUUGUCAGAUUACUUCGGAUGUGUCGAAAAGAGCCAAGGUGUACACCAAAGAUGUUUCGGGAACCAAGUCUAAAGCCAACAAGAAAAUUGCUGCGACUCGUACAACUAAGUCUAAGGAUGAGAAGGGAAAUCAGGGAUGUCAUGAAGAGAAGACUGAGAUGAUGAGCUAUCAAAAUCUGCUGGCCCCAAUGAAUUCCUUGUGUCUCGGUGGUUCUGACCAAGCGGCAAUCAUAUACCAAGGCAUGCCAGUACAAUAUAAUGGGGCAGGGGGUGUGAAUUCCAGUGUGGAAGAACAAGAGGCAGAGGCUCAGGGGUUAGAAGUACUUCAUGAUCAUCAGAGACUCAACAAUCAAGAAGCCGCCCAGCCAGUGAUACCGAGUACAGGUGGGGGUAUUGAGAACCUGGGGAGCAACGGUGGAUCUCAUGACGAAGCAUAUCUUGACUUGGAGGACUUGUUUGGUGGUGAUUUCUGGCCGAAUGUUGACAAUCUGCUGAUGGAUGACCCGAUGUCCAACGAUAAUGUACCUUUGAACUUUGAGGGUUUGUUUGAUGCAGCUGGUUCUUGGUCAGAUAAAAAUUUGGAGGAACCUGGGCAGGUCAGCAACAACGUGCAGGAGCAGCAGCAGCAGCAGCAACAACAACAACAACAGGCCGCUACGCGAAUGAACAUGAGUUGCAUGUUGGGGAAAAGGCCAUCAUUUGAAGCUCAAGAAGCAGGACCUAUCAAAAAGUCUCGCAUCUGA